AUGGGCAAAAUCUACCAGGUCGUGGUUCACGGUCUCAGGGGCGAGAAGAUGACCAUCGACCUGUGCAACACGGAGGAGCAGAUGAAGACCAUGACGGUUCUGCAGCUGAAGGAGAAGAUUGCGGAGAAACUCCCCCAGAGCGGAGGAGAGGAGGCUCUGCGGCUGAUCUUCACAGAUAAGAUGUUGGACGGAGACUUCACGUUGCUCUCUGAAUAUGGAAUCCAACACAUGUCCGUGAUCCAGAUGGCGUUGAGGGUUCCUGGAGGAGAGACGGCCUGACAGAGACGACGCCCCCCUAAACCACCACUGUGCUGCUUCACGAUGCUACUUCCUGUUUACAAAUGUCAAACCUUUCUUCCAAUAAACCUUUUAGCGAUGUUCCCACGUUGCCUUGAAAUAUGUUUGAAAGUUGCUGUUGCACAAAUAAAACUGUCUAAUGUCUCA